AUGAUUCGCCGGCAAGCCCGCGAGAGGCGCGACUACCUCUAUCGCCGUGCCCUGACCCUCCGCGACGCCGAGAUCGCCUCGAAACGCGCAGCUCUGCGAGCCUCUCUCGCCACCGGCAAGCCGCUGGACCCGUCCAUCGCAAACGACAAGGACCUGCGCGCAAACUACAAGUAUGACGAAUCGCAACAGGAACGCACCACCCAGGAGGCGCUGGAUCUGGACGACGAGUAUGCACAACUCUCGGGUGUCGUGGACCCGCGCGUGCUCGUGACAACGUCGCGCGAUCCCAGCACUCGUCUGGGUGUUUUUGCCAAAGAAAUCCGCCUGUUGCUGCCCACGAGUAUCCGCGUCAACAGAGGAAACCUUAUCUUGCCCAACAUUGUGUCGAGCGCGAAGUCCGCCGGGCUGAGCGACGUGGUUUUGCUCCAUGAGCACCGUGGUACGCCCACGGCCAUGACCAUCUCGCACUUCCCCCACGGUCCCACCGCCUCUUUCUCGCUUCACAACGUCGUCUUGCGCCAUGAUAUCCCCAACUCCGCCCGCGGCACCGUCUCUGAGUCCUACCCGCACCUGAUCUUCGAGGGUUUCACCACCAACCUCGGCAAGCGUGUUGUCAAGAUUCUGAAGCAUCUUUUCCCUCCGCGCCCCGCCGCCGCGACCCCCAAGGACGUCGGCAACCGUGUUGUUACUUUCGUCAACCGCGAGGAUAGCAUCGAGGUCCGUCACCAUGUCUUCGUGCGCACGGGCUAUCAGAGCGUCGAGCUGGCGGAGGUCGGCCCGCGGAUGACGAUGCGCUUGUUCGAGAUCCGCGGGGGCACUCUGGAGAACAAGGAUGGCGAUGUCGAGUGGCACAUGAACCAGUACACACGUACCGCCAAGAAGAAGGACUACUUGUAA